UUUUCUCCUGCUUACUUGACUGAAGGCAUGCGAUUCUUCCUCGCACGACCCACCACGAGACUCCUGCAGAGGCGCGCCAGCCACCGCAAUAGCGCACCCACCGCCGCUUCUCUCUUCUCCACCGACCUCCGUCGCUUUGAUCCAGGCCGAGCAUCCGCAACGCCGCUUCUCUGUCCUCAACCCAGCUCAGUCGCUCCGCUCGACACCGGGCAUCUCCGCAGCGACGCUCCACGGCGAGAUUGGUCGCCGCCCCCUCCGUGAAAUUGAAGGUCGGCGGCGUCGGUGCCGACCACCACGACAGGGAAUGCGGAACUGCGGCGGCUGGGCCGACGCCUCCCCUCGCCCCUCUCUCCGGCGGCUCCCACCGCACCGGAGGCGGCGGCGCGCCAGGACUUAGUGAGCCAAGCGGAGGCCUUUCCAGCACCAGGCCCAAUGCUGCUCGGGGCUUCUUAAGUCAUGCCUUGGGCGUACCGGACAGGCCCAGGCCCAGGCCCAAUGCUGCGAAUUCGAGGUUGCCUACCGUCUCCUUUCAAAGGCGAAAGCUUGCGCGGGCGUCAUAUAUACAGCCUCCGCCUCACCGUCUUCUUCCUCGCCCUCUUCUUCACCCUUCCCGGAGCGGAGAAGCUUGCGCAGGCAUCAUAUACAGCCCCCGCCUCGUCCCCUUCCUCGGUAUGCUGAACCCUUCCUCGGUGUGCUGAACCCUUCCUGGAGCGGAGAAAGACCAGGAAACAGAAAAUGGUUUGGAGGUCUGACCAGCCUUGCCGCUUCUACAUGAUUGAUGGAUCUUGCAAGUAUGGUUCAGACUGUUGGUUCUCUCAUGGACUUGACUCAUUUGGGAGGAUAGAGAUCCAAAUCAGGGUAUUUCUGCAUAUGAUGCAUGGUUUUCCUGUCCCAGUAGUGGAUUUGCCACGGAAUUGCUCUGAGUUGCACAUAAAGCUUCUGCAAGACGGACAGGAUGGGAAUCCUGAUCACCUGCUGAGUUUGCUCUGGCGUCUUCAUACGAUUUAUUUGUUUCAUGACAGCUUUCAAUGGUAUGUAAUCCUGUUGGAGGUUGCUCCACCAGCCUACAAUCCAAAUGUGAUGGAUUUCAAUAGUGAAACUCGGAUUUAUAUCACCUUCUCUGCUCAAAGUAGAGAAAUAUGCACUGAAUCAAAGGUUCAUUCGUAUUUCAGCAAUUUCGGGUCUGUCGUGUCUGUGACUAUUCCGCAUGGAAGGUCAUAUGGUUUUGUGAGAUUCAUGCUCCCUGGGACAGUGAGGCUGCUUUUAUCAAACUGGAAUCCUGAGGUCCCUCACUUCAUCUCCGGAGCAAGACUUCACGUGGACCGCUAUAUCCCCUAUUAUCUGUGGAACCCUGCUGAGAAUCAUGGGCCGAAUGGCCUGGAUGGAGGGCCAGGACAUGUACCAAAUGCCCUGGGUGGAGUGCCAGGACAAGAACCAGGAACCCUGCUGGGAAUCAUGGGCUGAAUGGCCCGGGUGGAGGGCUAGGACAUGUGCCAAAUGCCCCGGUUGCAGUGCCAGAUGACGUGCUAGGUGUGCUGGAUGGAGACGCAGCAGAACAAGAUAUGAACCCUGCUGGGAAUGGAGCGGCAGGACAAGUGCCAGGUGUUCCGGAUGAAGUGCCAGGUGUGCCGGAUGGAGGCGCAGCACAACAAGAUAUGGACGAGAUCGCUGCCGCUCUUCCAGAUGUCGACUGUUUCUACAAGGAGGCCUGACCUGACCAGCCAGUGGCGCAAGUAUAAGUGGAUUGGAACGGAGUUCCCCAUUCAGAUGUUGUCGACUCCCAUUCGAUACAUAUACACUCCAGACAUAGAUUGUAGAUUAGAUGAGUAUACUAAAGACGCAGCAAACUUGAGUACACUAUACUGAUUACUGAAACGCUUCUAUGGUUUCCUCUUAGAUAGAUCAUAUAAACAAAGGGAAGUUUUUGUACAUUGAAGCGCUUUCCUUGGUUGAUUAGGUUUGGGGUCAACCCCCCUGCUGUUAUGACCUGCUGAUGCAUGAUCUAAGAAUCCUUGUAAUUCUACUCUACACACUGAGUUUUUUUGGUAGUUAAUAGCAAAACAGAAACAGUUUGUGUUUGCA